GGGACUUCUCCGGAGUUUAAGCAAGAUCGAUGCUUGUUCUAACUUGGAGAAUUCAAUAUUAUACUAUGUAAUCGCAUCGUCUAAAGAUUCCAUGAAGAUUUGUGAUAAAAAAUUCUUUCUAAUUUGGAAAAUUCAAUAUUAUACUAUGUAAUCGCAUCGUCUAAAGAUUCCAUGAAGAUUUGCGAUAAAAAAUCUUACAUUUCGCGCCUCUAAGGUCUUCUGUUGUGGGAAUAUCCCGAGUAAAUGCUCUAAAUUGAGGAUUUGGUGGACCUACAGCCUGCACAAGUUAUUAGUUGACAUUUCAUUUGGUUUCCUUUGAUCUUACAUUCUAUACUCUUGAGUGUUCGCAAUAUUAAUGUUUAGGUGACAUGGCAAAAGCUUUUCUCUGAUGAACUGAUCUGUGAUCCAUUCCUUCUUGUUUUCUCUGUUCUGGUCGUAUUCGUCUUCUUCACUACCCCCAAAACAAAAUCAGGUUUGUUUAAUUGGGAUCACCUGAUGGAAUUGCCAAGAGUACGAACCCAGUAGUCCUCGUCUAGGAAAUUGCAUAUACCUCCUAAUAGGAGGAGCAUUCACCCCAGAAUUGCAUAUGGUAAGACCUUCUAAUCUCAAACUCAGAGAUUGACACCUAAUAGCAGGAAGAAACUCCCUAGCCAUACCCAGGAACAAACACCCAACUCAGAGAUUUCAUUAGUGACAGGAGAAAUUGCCCCAACCUUGCAUACAGUACAAGCUCAAUAGUCUCUGGCUUAAAACCACUGCAAAGAGUAAAACGUCAAUGGUCUCAAACACCGAGAUUACCACAAGCCCAAUGGUCUCAAACACUGAGAUUAAAGACAUCUAGCUUUACAAAUACUGGAAUCACAAAAAUCUCAUUUAGGAAAAAGGAAUUGUGCUUUGUUUUGGCAGAAGAAGAAGAGAGCAAUUCAACAAGCGGUAAUCUGUCUGUAAUUAAACUGAUAAAUUAUGACAGUGACUAGAUACAAACCCUCACACAGGUCUCCGUCUUCUACAUCAAGGAUAUACGAUGUUUUCUUAAGUUUUAGAGGGGAAGACGUAAGAAGAACAUUUGUAGAUCACCUGUAUGUUUCCUUAAAAAAUGCAGGGGUUAAUGCAUUUCUGGAUAGCCAUAACAUUAAAAGGCAGGAUGAGACCAGAUCAGCUAUUCAAGAGACAAUCGACAACAGUGAGAUUCUCAUUCCUAUAUUCUCCAAGAAAUUUGCAGAUUCCCACUGGUGCUUGGACGAGGUAGCUCACAUGUGCAGAGCAAAUGGUAUAAUUAUCCCCUUAUUCUAUGAUGUCAAGCCAACAGAGUUAAGAAAUCCUUGGAAAGGUGCCUAUGCCAAGGCUUUUGAGGAGAAGAAACAAAGAUACGCACGGAGAAGAAUCAACGAGUGGAAAACUGCUCUACAUAAAGUUUCCUCCUUCUCUGGCUGGAGUACAGAAGAUAUAUAUGGGUUUGAAGCAGAACUUGUCAAGCUUAUAGUCCAGGAUGUUUUCAAGAUAUUAGAUCAAAAUGUGACCCCAGUGGACGAAGCUGUGCCCCAGCCAUUAGAAGAAGAUCCCUCAGAUACAAUACCCCAGGAGAUCAGAAAUGAACCACUCAGAAUUUCAAAGACAAUCUUAAUGGGUAUGGAAGAACACAAGAGUAAAGUUAUAAAUUUGCUCAAUACAGAUUCUGAUGAGAAUGUCCUCACAGUUUCCAUUUAUGGAAAUGGGGGUGUGGGGAAAACGUCACUUGCAAAGGCCAUCCACAAUCACAUUUAUCUCAAAUUUGAUGCUACCUGCAUUGUUUAUGAUGUGCGUCAUAAAGCCCAAAAUACAAAUGGUGUAGCCAAGAUGCAGCGCCAGAUAUUGAAAGACCUCGUCAAGUUCAAGGAUAUAGUUAAUGAUGAGGCUCAUGGAAAGAUGUUGAUGAAGGACCGUUUAAGGUCCAUCAAGGCCCUUGUUAUUCUGGAAUAUGUUGAUGACUGGAAGCAGUUGGAGGCUCUAGCAGGUGAUUGGUUUGGACCAGGUAGCAGAGUGAUUGUAACAACGCUUGACCCCAACAUACUAAAGAAGGAAAAUGGAAGUUUUGUUUAUGAAUUGCGGGGACUGGAUCAGGAACAUGCUCUUCAAUUGUUUAGCUGGCAUGCUUUCAUGAGAGAUCAACCUGAAGAAGAUUAUAAAGAAUUGUCAUGCAAAGCUGUGGAUAUUUGCAAUAGGCUGCCAUUUUCACUUGAAGUUCUGGGUGCUCAUUUGUAUAACAGAGACUUAAGUGAUUGGAAUCAAGCUAUUCAAACGCUAGAAUGUUCAAGUUACUAUGGCAAGUACGCCAUUCCUAGACUUUGUUAUGAUAGCCUCAAAUCUGAACAAAAAGAGAUGUUUCUAGACAUGGCUUGUUUAUUCACAGGAAGAAAGAGGGAAAAUACUAUUAGCUUUUGGGAAGCUAGUCAUUUGCAUCCUAAUGAAGGCCUAACAGAAAUGAAGCUAAAAUCACUCAUUAAAUUAGACGAGCAUAAUAGACUUGUAAUGCAUAGUGAGCUGAGGGAUAUGGGAAGAGCCAUUGUAGCAGAUGAAUCACCAGAACCAGGGAAGCGUAGCAGAUUGUGGAAGCCAGAAGAGGUUGAACAAGUUAUAAUCGAAGGAAAGGGAACAGAAAGGGUGAGAUGUCUUACAUACCUCCAGCAAGAUGUAAAAUUUCAAACUCAUAGUUUCCAAAGAAUGUGUAAUUUGCAAUUGCUUUGGCUUGAUGGAGCUCUUCUAGAGGGAGACUAUAGAAAAAUGCCUCCAGAUUUGAAGUGGCUAAGAUGGGAAAACUGCCCUCUAAAAUGCUUGCCAUGUGAAUGGAAUAUGAAACAUCUGGCAGUUCUUGAUCUAAGCUUCAGCAAAGGCAUUGAGGCACUGUGGUCGGAACCAUCCAAUAUAGAGGGUCCGAAAAACCUCAAAGUACUUAAGCUAAAUUACUGCACAAGUCUUCAAGUCCUUCCAGAUUUAGCCAAUCUGACGUCUCUCAUGCAACUGGAGAUCUGUGGUUGUAAAGAGUUGCGGGAACUGCCAGAGUCCUUUGGAUUUCUGACAAAGCUAAAGUACCUUGAUCUGUCAAAUUGCUGCAACUUAAGCCAACUUCCAAAUACCAUAACUAACUUAAUAUCGCUGGAGGUGCUGUUUCUAUCAAAUUGUCACAGCAUCAAAAUGUUACCUGACUCAUUUGAAGAUCUGGGAGUUCUAAAAAAGGUCAAAUUAGAUGGAAUGCCCUUAAAGAAUUUGCCCAAAUCCUUUAGAUUGUUGUCCUGCUUGGAGAAGCUAUCUCUUCAUGGUUGCCAUAAAUUAAGUAGCCUUCCUCAACCAAUAGGAGAAUUGAAUCGUUUGCGGUAUCUGGAUUUAAAUGGUUGUUCUAGUUUACAGACUCUACCUGACUCAAUCUAUGAACUUGAAAGCUUAUGCCGGUUGGAUAUGACUGGUUGCCAAAGAAUCAGCUUAGGAGCAGAGAUAGGGGACCUUGUUUGUCUGGAAAGGUUGGUUCUAAGUAAUUGUACAGCAAUAUGGAAGUUGCCUACAUCAAUAGGUCAACUUAGUUCUUUACAAUAUCUGAACCUGAACCACUGCACUUCUUUGUUUCGACUGCCAGAGGAGUUGGGAAAUCUGGUCUGUUUAAAGGAGUUCGUGCUCAAUGAAUGCUACAAUUUAUUGGAGCUUCCACAGAGCAUCGGGAAACUUUCUUGCCUAAAGACUCUAGAAAUGGAAGAAACCUACAGCCUAUCUGUUCUUCCACCUAACUUCACAAGACUUACUUCCUUACAGAAUCUAAAAGCGGGUAGCUGUCCUCUACCACAACAUAUUGGAGAGUUGUCAUCAUUAGAAAUUCUGCAUCUUAAAUCAUACAAAAUGUCCUUUUUGCCACCGACUUUUGGCACACUUUGGCGGCUAAGCAAACUCUACCUGCAUCACUGUACAGAGUUUUUGGAACUUCCACAUCUUCCAAAGGAACUCAUUGAAGUGCGUAUUCAAGACUGUUUGGGAAUAAAGAAAAUAUCUAACAUGUCACAUAUGAAGAGGCUAAAGCUGCUGAUCAUACACAACUGCAGGGAACUUGUUGAAUUGCCUGACUUUGGGUUCUUAAAGUCACUGCAAGAGCUCUCAAUAUCGGGAUGUAGGAAUGUGAAGCGUAUUCAAGGAAUGGAAGGGCUGAAAUCCUUAAGAAGAGUGCAUGUUACAGGUUGCAGAUUGGCCGGCUCUGGAAGCUUAAUAUUGAAACCCUGCCAAUUAAUCAAGGAAGCACAUUGUCUAGAGUUACUCAGUUUUUCUGCAAAUGGGGUGCCAGAGUGCCUAGAAAAGAAGAUGGAAACAAAUGGUGGUGAUUUACUGUAUGUUACAUUGGACAGUAAUGAGCAAUGUUCAGGGAUUAUCUUAUGCUUUAUGGCGAGUUUCAAGCGUGGGAUUAAUUCAGUCGGUGUAGAACUAUGCACUUUACGAGAUGGCAAGGAGAUUUUCAAUACCAGGCUUGUUAACCACUCAAAAACUAUAGAGGGAGAUCAGAUUUUUGUGCACAUUUUGCAUAAAAAUCACCCCAUGGCUAUGAUGUUGCAGAGUGGAGAUGUAGUCCAGGCAAAGGCAGACAGAGAUGAAGAAAGAAUGUUAAUAAGAAGUGGUGGAAUGCAAUUCUUCUCUGUAGGAGAAGAUGGGAAAAGAGAAGAUCUAAUACUGGAGAGCUUGGGAAAGGAUUUGACAAUGUUAAUGGAAGAUUACCAUGAAAAUCUAGUCUGUGAAGAUGACGAAUAAAACUGGAGCUGGAAAAUCUAUUCAGUGUUACAGUAUUGGUCAGUGAGGCUCAGUUUUAAUAGGAUGGUCCCCUGUUUUUCUCCCAAAACAAAGAGGAUGGUAUCCGGAAAUGUUUUGAACCAUAAACAGAAAUCAAGAUAGCUAGAUCCUAUAUUACAUUUAUGUGAUAUUGUAGCAUGUUGCCAAAAAGUUCCCCGCAGUGCAGUUGCGUUUCCAGCCGGUGCAGAGGUCAUCAAUUUUUUUUUCUUAACUAUCAACGACUUCAGCUGAAAUAAAAAGAGCAUAGACAAGUUAAACAUUA